AUGGCUGACGGAAGCAUUGAUACUAGCUUCCAAGCUUCUAUCGAUGCUGGCACGAUCCGUGGUGCUAUCAUAUGCGCUACCGACGCUGAAGGCCACUUCACCUUCGAAAAGACAAUAGGAGAGCGUACAUUGCUAUCUGGAGAGAAGCGACCUCACAAACUUGACGACGUGCUAUUCCUCGCUUCGGCUAGUAAGCUGAUUACUACCAUCGCUGCUUUACAAUGCGUAGAGGAUGGGCUUCUAUCACUUACCGGCGACCUUUCAUCCAUUGCGCCUGACCUUGCCGCAAAACAGGUCAUCACCGGGUUCUCUGAAGAUGGAGAAACACCUCUACUUGAGCCACAGAUCCGUCCUAUCACACUUGAAAUGUUAUUAACUCAUAGCUCUGGUCUCGCCUACCAUUUCCUUAACCCCCUCAUCGCUCGCUGGCGUGAGAAGUCCCGUGUGGAGACCAAAGCUUCCAACGAGAACGACAAGAAGACGGUUGAGGAGUUAUUCGAUUAUCCAUUAAGCUUCCAACCUGGUUCCGGCUGGCUGUACGGGUCGGGGCUCGACUGGGCUGGUCGCAUUGUGGAACGUGUGACUGGCAAGACGCUGCUCGAACGUAUGCAGGAGCGGAUUUUUAGCCCGCUCGGUAUUUCAGACGCCCAAUUCUACCCGGUGACUCGGGAGGAUCUACGCGCGCGCCUUGUCGAUUUAAACCCCGAUGAUCCAGAGGCUCUGGGUCGCGCCGUGCUAGGCGGUAGCGGCGACAUGAACAAGAGCGCCCAGGGCGACUUUGGAGGUCACGGUUUAUUUAUGACAGCUCCAGACUACGUCAAAGUGCUACACUCGCUACUGGCCAAUGACGGAAAAAUUCUCAAACCGGAAACAGUUAACGACAUGUUUGAACACCAUCUUACCCCGGAAGCCACCGAGAGCCACCGAGCCGCGCUGGUCAGUCCCAUGGGCAUAUUUUUCCGUGUCGGCACUACAGUUGAUGCGUUAUCAGGACAUGGACUGGGCGGCCUGCUCACAUUGCAAGACAUCGAUGGCUGGUAUGGAGAUCAUACCCUCACUUGGGGAGGCGGCAUGACUUUUGCUUGGUUCAUUGAUCGUAAGAACAACCUGUGCGGUGUUGGCGCUAUCCAGGCUACGGUUACCUUAGACGCCGAUGCUAUGGAAUCGCUGAAGCAAACCUUCCGCCAUGACAUCUACCGCAAACGCGCCGCUUGGAAGAAGGAGCAGACUUCGUGA